AGCCUGAUUAACGCGUGAGGUAUGCUCAUGACGUGUUGACGGGCUGCAAGAAGCGCAACAGAAACGCUCAAGAAAGAAAGAACAGCGAGAGUCCUUUUCCAUUUUCCUCUCGCUUCUCUAGGUUCUGGGCUAAUGAUCGCCAAGUCGGGCCUCUGAAGCUUAGCUGUGUGCUUGUGUUUGCUUCUUGGGAUGAAAUCGUCUGCCAGAUGAAUCGGUGGAAGGUUGAUGGGAGAGAGAGACACAGAGAGAGAGCGAGAGACAGAGAGAGAGAGAGAGAGAGCGUGAGAGAGAGAGACACAGAGAGAGAGAGAGCGAGAGACAGAGAGAGAGAGAGAGCGAGAGAGAGACACAGAGAGAGAGAGAGCGAGAGAGAGACACAGAGAGAGAGAGAGCGAGAGAGAGACACAGAGAGAGAGAGAGAGCGAGAGAGAGACACAGAGAGAGAGCGAGAGACAGAGAGAGAGAGAGAGAGUGUGAGAGAGAGACACAGAGAGAGAGAGCGCUGUGCAUCACAGUUUGAUGUGGCAGAUGGUGGAGGAGUUUCAGCCCAUCAGCGAUUAUGCAAGAAGUGUGAAAGUGAAUUGCAGAGUGUCAUAAGUGGCUUAAAAUUCUCACACACACACACACACUAUACACACACUAUACACACACACACACACACACACAGAGGCUGCUAUCAGUGUUCAGUCCAGUUCAGUAUCUGAAAGUAAGAACCCGGUGCUCCACUCUGUAUAGCGUUAAAGUCACUUAGUAAACUGUGUGUUUAUGACAGAAGAGCGCACCAACACUAACACUCACAUACUUACUUUACAUCAUGCCUCUGUUCCUGUAUUUCACCUCUAACACACACACACACACGGUUUCAUUUUAAUUAUUAUCCUGCAGUGUCCUAAUCUAAUCUGAUCUCUUACUGUGGACUGAGUUAUUAUAAAUCCUAACCCUAAGUACACUCUUAGAAGUGUUUUUUCGCAGUAUGUACAAACGGACUUGUAGAAGUAUUUAUUAGAUAUAUGUCUAAGUACUUCACUUUAUCAGAAUUAUCGAUACCACUUUACAAUAAUCACGCACUAAUACCUGAAUUAAUCUUGACUUAAAUAUGAACUAAUGAGGAGUUCAGGUGUUUCAGGUAUUAAUGCAUGAUGAUUCAGGUCCUGUUAUUAUAAAGCGUUCCCUAAUUAUUUAUCAGAAAGUUCAAACGAGUGCACUGUUCGAAGUAUAGUAUUUAUUCGAGGUAUGUUUAAACAAGCCAUGUAUAAGUACACUCAUCAAAGUAAUUAUUAGAAUAUGUAAAGUAAACAUUUACAAGUAUUUUGUAGAAGUAUUCAUCUAAAGUAUGUCCAAAAAAAGUAGGUAUUUAAAAAUAUACUUUUAGAAGUAUUUAUUAGAAGGAUAUUUAAGUACCUUAAAGGUUUUGUGUAGAAAUCUAUAGCAGAGUGUUUUACUGAAAGGGUUGGAACUCGUUCUGAUGAUAUGGGAAGCUUUGGUUGUAGGGUUCUAGUACACUUUUAGAAGUAUUCAGUAGAAGUUUGUACAAGUAUGCUCUUACACGUAUUUAUUAGAAAUAAUUAUAAGAACCGGUAAAGGUUCCAUGUAGAACCCUUCAACAACAGUGUUUCCGUGUAAGAAAGGUUCCGAGGUAGGAUGCUCAGAACCCUUAAUUACUCAGUGAACCCUUAGAGAACCGUUGAAGAACUGAAGAACCGUUGAGUUUGUAUUUAGAGAAGUUGCAGAUUGUUUUAAAUUUAAUUGAAUGAAAAAUAGGAUUUAAUUAUGAAUGUUGUUGAUAUUGUAACGUUAAAAUGAUAAUAUUACACUAAAUCCUUCAUCCUUUUGGAAAUCUUGUGUAGAACUGUGGAACAUUUAACCCUUUCCUGCAUAAAUUAUAAAUAAUAUAUGAUUUUAUUGCACAAUAAUUGCAUGCAAAAAAACAAACAAAAAAGCAGCAGCAUUGGAGUUAACAGGAAUUAAAGCACGAGUUAAAAUAUUACUGCUGAAAAAUACUUACAACAUUUUUUAAAAGGCGCACUGGGUGAAAUUUGUGAACGGUUAAAUGGGUGGAUUUGAAUAAGAAUUUAAUUUUCCCCACCCAUUCACACAAAGCUCCGCCCCCAAACUUAUGGUGGUUCAUCUAGAGUUAGCAUGAUCAAGGACUGUCAUGACAUCACUUAGAUGUUCGACCGCUUGAAAGUGUAUAAACGUGAUUCUCUUUAUAAUGAUUAAAGAGGAUGUGAUGGGGCGUUGGGGGCGUGGCUAUAACAUUCCAAAUGAAAACAAGCGUUCUGGACCGGAAGACAAAAAUUGUUUCGUUUUUUUUUUCCAACUACGUAAUACACUUGUUCUUAGCUUAAACUAUUUAUUUAUUUAUUUUUAAAUCAUUUUUGCAUAAUUUUCCAUGUUAUUUGUACUAGUAAGAACUUUUAACUAUUGACUGUUAAGUCUAAAAUGUUACACAAUCAUUUUAUUUAUUCAUUUGAUGCCAAAAAUAUUUGAAAAAAAGCAGUGUUUGUGCUGAAGUAUACGUGCAGCACAACGAUUGUGUCACGCGGGUGUGAAAUGAAAAAUAAAUAGAUUUUAAAAAGCUAAUAUUUGUUUAGACAGAAGUGUGUGAGUCGUGACGCUUCUGAUAAAGUCGCCGUGUUGGAUUGGGAAGAGGAACACUCGGUAAAAAUGGAGCGAUUUAAAAAUAAUUUCGUGUAUAACACAUCAGAAGUAUGGAGGUGAUUUAAAUCGUAUAUAUAUAUUAAAAAAACCCAGUUGUAUGUUGGUGACCUUUGAGAAUGGAAGCCAUGCAUGAAAGGGUUAAUGGCGUUUGGACACAUGGGCAAGAAGGAGUGUCUGAUUUGCAUUGCGGCCGAGGCGGAGUCGUCUCCUGUUUCAAAGUGAAAGUUCCUUGUUUACACAGAUACAACGCUCUGAACCUGAACGCUUCUGACAGAUCAGCAUGUUACGACAUCAAGCAGCUUGUUUCAGCUGUUUCUGGGGAAUGUCCUCUUCUCCAGCGUGAACCUAACUGCAGAUUUGAAUAACCAAAGUGAGGUUCAGAGCGAGCGUUAGACAUGAUGAAGUGGUGUGAGUAAAUGAUUGGUCCUGGGUCUGGUUUCAUCACAGCAGACUUCCUCAGCAUUGUACUUUGGACGUUUUUUUUUUUUUUUGCUCUCGUGAUGGCUGAUAAGAUUUGGAGGAAGAGCUGCGAGUUCUUCGGUGGUAGAAGUUCUUUCUUUGGAAGACGACCUGUGGAGAGUAAGAGUGAUGUGGAGGGGGAAGUCCAGAGCAGUGAGCCAUCCUCCUCCCUGGACCGUGGUAAGGGUUACGGCCCCCUGACCCACAGCUCGUCCGUCAGCCCGGACCAUUUUGAAGGCUUAGGGUACGGCCAAAACGCCCAGGCCGGUCCGCAGCGUCCACGGAGGCCCAAACUCCAGCACUCGCAGUCCAUCCUCCGCAAGCAAGCCGAGGAAGAGGCCAUCAAACGCUCGCGCUCGCUCUCCGAGAGUUAUGAGCUCUCUACAGAUCUGCAGGACAAGCAGGUGGAGAUGUUAGAGAGGAAGUACGGCGGGCGCUUCAUCAGUCGACAUGCUGCUCGCACCAUUCAGACGGCAUUCCGGCAGUACCAAAUGAACAAGAACUUUGAGCGUCUCAGAAGUUCCAUGUCUGAGAAUCGGAUGUCGAGGCGCAUCGUUCUGUCCAACAUGAGAAUGCAGUUUUCUUUUGAGGGACCUGAAAAAGCCACAAACUCAUUUUUCGAUGGGAAACAGUUAUCUCUGACGGAGGAAGGAACUCCGACGGAACCUGUAGCGAAGAUCGAGUGUGGAGAUAUGGUUCCCCUACACGUGGAUGCACCCUCGGCUCCGAAUGACCUCAGUGACACUAUUACAGAGCUUGAGGACGCUUUCUCUCGGCAGGUCAAAUCACUGGCUGAAUCCAUCGACGAUGCUCUGAAUUGUCGUAGUCUCCAUGAAGAAGAGGACCAGGAACCGGAGCAGGUUCAGGACAUGCAAGGUGAACUGUCCUAUCAGGUAAAACCGACUAACGGCUCUGAUCGACGCAAGUUGGAUGAGAUGAUGGCGUCCUACAGCGGCGUGACGCUGUUCAUCGAUGAGGAGGAUCUUUGUCCUCCUACUCAGCUCUCGCAUACGGUGGAUCCACCGUCCAGCACCGAGUCCGAUCAUCACGCCAUCAACUCAUCUCAGGAGUACUGGCCCAUGGACACCAAAGAUGAAAAAAUAGACACGGAUACCAGCUGCCGGAGCACGCCGUCCACAGAUUGUCAGGAGCCACGGCUUCGCAUUGACCGUCUCCCGCUCCUGACCAUCGAACCUCCCAGUGACAGCUCGCUCGAAAUGAGCGACCGCUCGGAGAUCGACUCGGUCAAGAGGCAGAACGUUUAUGAACGGACCACGGCUGGACCUCAGGCCAGUCCCAAACACAUCACGCACAGUCUACCUCCUAGAGUGUCCUCCCUGUCCCGGGAUGAGGAUCCCAUCAGGCACCGGCACCGGCAGCUGGAGAGCCAUCUGGCCAUCAACGGGAACCGACAGAGCAAAUCAGAAUCGGACUUUUCUGACGGGGACAACGACAGCAUCAACAGCACUUCAAACUCCACCGACACGAUCAACUGCAGCUCGGAGUCAUCUCGGGACAGCAUGAGGGAGCAGACGCUCAGCAAACAAACGUACCACAAAGAGACACGGAACAGCUGGGAUUCUCCGGCUUUCAGCAACGACGUCAUCCGCAAGCGGCACUACCGCAUAGGCCUCAACCUCUUCAACAAAAAGCCAGAGAAAGGCAUUCAGUACCUGACUGAGAGAGGGUUCAUUCCGGAUACACCUGUGGGCGUGGCUCACUUCCUACUUCAGAGGAAAGGGCUGAGCCGGCAGAUGAUUGGCGAGUUCCUGGGGAACCGGCAAAAACAAUUCAACAGGGACGUCUUAGACUGCGUGGUGGACGAGAUGGACUUCUCAGGGAUGGAGCUGGACGAAGCUCUCAGGAAAUUCCAGGCGCACAUCCGAGUCCAAGGGGAAGCGCAGAAGGUCGAACGCCUCAUCGAGGCUUUCAGCCAGAGGUACUGCAUCUGCAACCCAGGAGUGGUGCGCCAGUUCCGAAACCCAGACACUAUCUUCAUCCUGGCCUUCGCCAUCAUCCUCCUCAACACGGACAUGUACAGCCCCAACGUGAAGCCUGAGCGCAAGAUGAAACUGGAGGAUUUUGUGAAGAACCUCAGAGGAGUGGAUGAUGGUGAAGACAUCCCUCGGGACAUGCUGAUUGGCAUUUACGAGCGUAUUCAUGAGAAGGAGCUGAAGACCAACGAAGACCACGUCUCUCAGGUUCAGAAGGUGGAGAAGCUGAUCGUCGGGAAGAAGCCAAUCGGAUCUCUCCAUCAGGGUCUGGGAUGUGUUUUAUCCCUCCCGCAUCGGAGGUUGGUGUGUUAUUGCCGGCUGUUUGAAGUACCAGACCCCAACAAGCUUCAGAAACUCGGCCUUCAUCAGAGGGAGAUCUUCCUCUUUAACGACCUCUUGGUGGUAACUAAAAUUUUCCAGAAGAAGAAAAACUCGGUGACGUACAGCCUCAGGCAGUCCUUCUCUCUGUACGGCAUGCAGGUCCUGCUCUUCGAGAACCAAUAUUACCCUAACGGCAUCCGGCUCACGUCGGCCAUCCCGGGCGCUGACGUCAAGGUCCUCAUCAUCUUCAACGCCCCGAACCCUCAGGACCGCAAGAAGUUCACAGACGACCUGCGAGAGUCCAUCGCCGAGGUCCAGGAGAUGGAGAAGUACCGGAUCGAGUCCGAGCUGGAGAAACAGAAAGGUGUGGUGAGGCCCAGUAUGUCCCAGAGCAUGUCCGGUCUGAAGAAAGAGGUUGGGAACGGGACCAUGAGCCGCGCCAGCCUGGAUGACACGUAUGCCAUGGGGGAGGGGCUAAAGAGGAGCGCGCUCAGUAGCUCCCUGCGGGACCUUUCUGAUACAGGCAAGCGCGGGCGCCGCACCAGUGCAGGAUCACUAGACAGCAAUAUGGAAGGCUCCAUCAUUAGCAGUCCACCUCAGCUGCCCCGGAGAGCGCCGUCCGGCCGCGAGGGUCCUCCUCGUCCACGCUACUCCGGCACCACCCCUUCCUCCUCCUCCUCGCUGCUGGGAUCGCUCUUUGGCAGCAGGCGAGGAAAACCUCCUCCUCGUCCUCCGCUUCCUGCUCCGCCCUCCUCCUCCUCGCACCACCCCAUCCACCCCACCCUCAUCUCCCACAAGCCCCACCCGACCAACCUGCACCACACUGCCCAGGCCCAACUAGAUCCCCAACGUUCCCAGCACUGUUCUCUCCCGCAGAACCCCCCGCCGUAUCAGCACCACCAUCACUACGAUCCGCCUCCCGUCGGGCUCUGGUUCCACCGUCAGCAGCACUCGGGCCACCUCUCUGCCCCGCACCACCACCCUCAACUCGCUCACAACCACCUUCCUCGUCAUCAACACCACCACCACCAUCAACAACGGCACCAACAUCGGGAGCAGCACCUCGUGGCGGCGGCGUCAUCGCCGUCGUGUCCCAUCAGCGCCAAACCCAAACACUGUGGCAUCAGCACGGUGGUGUGAGGAUACGACCGGAGCCGGACUAAACUCCAGAUAAAUAAUUCCAUUUCUGAGAUGGUUCCAGAGAGUCCUCCUAAUCAGAAGCUCGGGUGUAGAACGAUGCUGAAGGAAUUCCGAUGACAGAUAAAGAAACACGAGGAGGAUCGUAGCGUCUUGUUCGAGGUCUUCGUGAAUCUCCUGAGGUGCAGUCUCAGCAUCGCAACGUAGAACCUCACACAUUUUCCCCAAACACCAAACCCCCAGACGAUUAGAGCGAAGCUGUAAAGUAACGUCCAAGCUGUUGGUCUCACACGUAGUCGUCCUGACGCUGUAUUUAUUGUGGAUAACGGAAAAGCUUUACAUGUUGUCCUUAGCGAUCAUAUAUCAAUGUGCCAAUAAUCCCUGCGUACUGUAUGUACUCGGCUCUGUGUGAACUGUAUCCUGUGUGUUCUAGUGUUUAGUGUAAAACUGCAUCCAUUGUAAGAUGUUCUAUAUACUGUAAAAAAAAACAAAAACAAACUAAAACUAUAUAUACAUAUUCAGAGAGUUUUUUUAAAUAUUACAGUCAAAUAGAAAUGAAAUAUUACGGUAAGCGGUGCAGACUGUACAGAUGAUCAGAGAAAUAUUUUGGAGUUUUAGAAAGCAGAAGCAGCUGCACUGAGCUAUAAAGCGAUAGAAAAAGUGUUCUAGCUUCCUGGUAAAGCUACAAAAACACAAACCAGGAGCUAAACAGCACUUUUAUUUAGAUUUAGAUUUAGAUAGAGUUCAAUACAUUCAAUUUCAAAGUGUGAGAUUUCGACGUCCCACUCACUGAGCACUUGUCUCAUUUUUUUCUUUCUUUUUUUUAUACAGCUCGUUUCCCGAGAACGUAACGACUAGUAUUUUACAAUGAAGUAACCUUUCCUUGUUUUUGUUUUGGGGUUUUUUUCCUUAAAGAAAAUGAUGCAAUCAGAUAGUUUUCUUUCAGCGAGUGUUUAGGUAAAGCUGAAGGUUAGAUCAUUAACGUCUGCACAAGUUCUACAGAAAUUAUGCACAAAACUAAGAAGGCCAGUGACUGAAAUAGUUUUUACUCCGAUGUGCAAUAUGUUUAGAGUUCAGGAGGACGAGGGACGCCACGCGAUUAAAAGAAAUAAAUAGAUAUAUAAAAAUAAAAACAAUAAGAAAUACGCCUCGACAUUCAGAAAUGAAAAAUGAACUAGAUUAUAAAUCAUUUGUUAAUCUUCAAAUUAAUGCACACAUUCGUUUUUAUUUCUUUUUUUUCCCUUUACCUUUUUUAUUACUAAUUUUUCUCUUUGUUCCUUUACGUUUCCUUUUAGUAUUUCUUUUUCUUCUUAGUUUUAUUUAUUUUAUUUACUUUGUUCUUUUUUCCUUUUUUGGAAACAUAUUUACUUUUCUUGUUUGUUUUAUUCCCUUUUUUUUAAUUAUUUUUAUUCUUUACCUUUUAUUAUUUUAUUUCACUUAACUACCCGGAAAACAAAAUAUAUAUUUAAUGUAAGUGAUUUAAUUUAAUGAUUAAUGAUUUGAUUUCAUGAUCAGUUCUUGAUUUAUUUCCAAAUGAUUUACAUUUUCAUUUGUAAAAUAAUUUUCAGAUUUUUUUUAAAUUCCAGAUUAUUAAACUGUAGUUUUUUUUAUUCCUCUUUCCCCCCCGUGACAUUCCUCGUCCUCGGUAUUUGACAACUUUUAAAUUAUUUUGUCCCACAGUAACAUUUUUGCGGUGGCAAAAUUGAGUGAAAUGUCAAGUGUGUGUCCUGUCAAUUGUUGCGUGAUUUUUAUUUUUUAUUUUUGUUUGUUUUGUUUUUUGUGUCCCAAAAAAUAAUCCAGUGUUACGUUGGCAGUUAAGUGCAAUCGUGUAAAGAAAGAAAUUCAUUCUGCAGCUUUGUGUUGUUUCUGUACGAGAUUCAGGUGAAUAAUGCGACAGUUUAUGCAAAUCUCUUUCCUUCCAGACGACGGAGAAGUUUUUUUUACAGAAUGUAUUUCAGGUGAUGAAACGUAGAAGCACAUUAAAUCCGUUUCUUACGGAACCACACGGGCGCGAAUAAAUACAUUGUUUUUUUUCCUAAGUGGAUAACAAUAAUUUUCUAAAGCGAUGUUCUGUUCAGACGGCGGAUUUAUUCCUCAUAGUGAAUCCGGAGGUUUUAUGGAGCGUGUAGAACACGUCAUUGUUCUCUGCAUCAUCAUCUCCAGAAACCUGUGAGAAAGGUGCAAUGAUGAAGAUGAUGAAGAUGAUGAAGAACUCGACUGCUGUUCAGUGCGUGAGGUUUUAGUCUGAGCGCCGCACGGAACCGACACGCCUCGUUUCACUGUGAGCUGACGGACACUCGAGCUGGACACGCCUCGUUUUAGGUUCCUCCUCCUUUGUUGUUGUUGUUUUUUGUUUUUUAGCCUCGAUGUUGAAUUUGCUGUCGUACUGCGUUGUGUUUCUCUGAAGUGCAGCAUGCAGAUCAUCUUCACAUACGCAUUGUAGAAAAAAGAAAGAAACGUGCAAGAGACGUGAAAAAUGAGGAGCACACUUCAUGAGAAAUGAGAAACCAUCAGUGUACAUAACGUAGAUAAGAUGAUGAGGAUGAUGACGAUGAGGAUGAGGAUGAAGGACGGUUUCUGUGUGUCGGUGUGUGUUUAAGACAAGCAGACUGUUGGACACGUUCACUUCCUCUGACGCUGAGCCACAAAGAGAAUAAGAACUGAAGGGUGGAGAUUUUAGGGAAAAGGGAACCCUCUCAUUUUGAUAUGCAGUCUGUUUGUAAGUGCUUCAGAUCUGAUUAAUGUCAAACUGUGACAAUGUUGAGAAAUAAAACAACGUUAAACAUCA